AUGUCGUCCACCCAGCGGUUUUCUCUUCUCAAUUCAUUGCCGUCCAUUAAUCUAGAGUCGCAAUGGCCGCAGGCUAAUGAAUCACUCGUAUUGGAACCCUUUACAUAUAUUACCUCCAAGCCCGGCGAGGAAAUCCGCACACUGCUCAUCGAGGCUUUCAACAUAUGGCUUGCAGUCCCUAGCGACCAACUCGAGGUCAUAGACCGUGUCGUUCAAAUGCUGCAUAAUGCGAGCUUGAUGCUCGAUGACAUAGAGGACGAUGCGCAGUUGCGAAGGGGACAGCCUGCGACGCACAAGAUAUACGGCAUCCCGCAAACUAUUAAUACCGCCAACUACGUAUAUUUCUCAGCUUAUAAGGAGCUCUCGAAGCUGAGGAGACCAGGCGGGGACGAGGGCGAGAAUGUGGUGAGGGUGGUGGGCACUAGCGAUUUGGAUUUGGUAGUUACGGAGGAGCUUUUGAAUUUACACCGUGGGCAGGGCUUGGAAAUCUUGUGGCGAGAUUUGUUGCAGUGUCCAACGGAGGAAGAGUAUAUAUCUAUGGUUAACAACAAGACGGGGGGUGGAUUUAGGAUAGCUGUCAAGUUGAUGAUGGCGCACGCAACGAAGAACCUCGACAUGCGAGUCCUCGAUUUCGUCCCUCUGGUAAAUAUUUUCGGAGUGUAUGUCAAGAUACGGGAUGACUACAUGAACUUGCAAAGCACAGAGCACAGCGACAACAAGGGCUUCGCAGAAGACCUCACCGAGGGCAAAUUCUCCUUCCCAAUCGUUCAUGGAGUACGUGCGGACGAACAGAAUCGAGUUGUUAUGAACGUGCUACAAAAACGCCCUACGACACCGACCCUGAAGCAUCACACAGUUGACUACCUCCGCACACAGACAAAGUCGUUUGACUACACACUUGCGGUGAUGAGCACCUUGGAGCGGCAGGUCCGGGAGGAGAUUGCACGCCUUGGCGGUAAUCCCCAGCUUGAGAAGAUAUUGGACGCCCUGCAUGUGGAACAUGAUUUACAUGAUUCAGGUGGGUGUGUAGAUGAAGGAGUUGUACCUUGAGUCGAGAGUGAAUCUUGGACUUGUGAAUAUGUGGAGUUUCCACUCGUAUCUGGGAAGUACAAGCCAGGCUGGUCUCGAGUUUGAGUGGGGUUGUAAUGUACUGAUUGAUUGUACUUACUUGCUUUCAGCGUUGAAUUGGUUUGAUGUUAUACCAUAACAUCCACUCAUGGAUAGUUCUUUGGAGG